AUGCAAUCCUCAGAACAAAAACAAAACUAUGGUUGGGGAGCUUGGAAUGCAGACUGGAAAAUCUGGUGGGGAAAUAUGUUGGGAAAUGACAGUCUAAAGCAAUCGGGAGUAGAGCAAAGAAAACAAUUUACCAACAAAGCACCACUCCAAAAAACCAAGUCAUUCGAAGACUCUACAAAGUUGGGUGUCAAUGGAGGAAAGGUAUCAGGUAACUACCAUUCUGUCAAUCAUGUAGUUCAAAAUCCAAUUAUCCCAGAUUACAAACGUCCAACCUAUGAAAGAACAAAAUAUGAUGAUGAGAUAUUAUUACAAGAACAAGAAAAAUUAAAAACUGGUUCAGGACAAGCUUAG